AUGGUGUCUACUUCCUUAGGACCUUCGAGUCUACUCUCUUCUUCUUCUCGUGAGUUUCUCGAUUCUUCUGGGUUUAGAUUGAUUUUGGGUUACGAGGGUUUUGCUCCUCGAGCUCGAUUUCCCUCAUUUCGACGAUCUCAGAUUCACUUGAGGCCGUCUUCAUUGUCCAGAGAUGCUGCUUUGGGAACUAAUGAAUGGAGAGCUGUUCCUGAUAUUUGGAGAUCAUCUGCAGAAAAGUAUGGUGAUACAGUUGCGUUGGUAGAUCCUUAUCAUGAUCCACCUUUGAAAUUAUCGUAUAAGCAGUUAGAACAAGAAAUUUUGGACUUUGCUGAGGGCUUACGAGCUGUUGGAGUGAAAGCAGAUGAAAAGAUUGCACUUUUUGCUGAUAAUUCCUGCCGAUGGCUUGUUUCAGAUCAAGGUAUAAUGGCCACAGGAGCAGUCAAUGUUGUCAGAGGAUCUAGGUCUUCUGUUGAAGAGUUACUGCAGAUAUACUGUCAUUCUGAAAGUGUAGCCCUUGUUGUGGAUAAUCCUGAGUUUUUCAACCGCAUUGCUGAGGCAUUUACUUCCAAGGCAUCUGUGAGGUUUUUGAUACUGCUAUGGGGUGAGAAACCAUCGUUGGUUACGCAGGAGAUGCAGAUUCCAGUUUAUAGCUACACAGAUAUUAAAAACCUAGGACAAGAUAGACGUGCAAACUUUUCAGAAUCUAAUGAUACCAGGAACUACGAAUAUGAACUCAUCGAUUCAGAUGAUACAGCGGCGAUUAUGUAUACCAGUGGAACCACAGGAAAUCCAAAAGGCGUUAUGCUUACACAUCGGAAUCUUUUACACGAGAUAAAACAUUUGUCCAAAUAUGUACCUGCUGAAACUGGCGAUAGAUUUCUAAGCAUGCUUCCAUCAUGGCAUGCGUAUGAACGUGCUUGUGAAUACUUCAUAUUCACAUGUGGAGUUGAGCAAAUGUAUACGACUAUAAGAUUCUUAAAGGAUGAUCUAAAGCGGUAUCAACCACACUAUCUUCUUGCCGUUCCUUUAGUAUAUGAGACACUUUACAGUGGGAUUCAAAAGCAAAUUUCUACAAGUUCUGCUGCUCGUAAAUUUCUAGCGCUUACACUGAUUAGAGUCAGUCUGGCAUAUAUGGAGAUGAAAAGGAUUUAUGAGGGUAUGUGUCUGACAAAAGAGCAAAAGCCUCCAAUGUAUAUUGUUUCUUUGUUCGAUUGGUUGUGGGCGAGAGUAGUUGCUGCCUUAUUGUGGCCAUUACAUAUGUUGGCCAAAAGGCUUAUCUACAAGAAGAUUCAAGCGUCUAUUGGGAUGUCGAAGGCUGGUAUAAGCGGAGGUGGUAGUUUACCCAUUCAUGUUGACAAGUUUUAUGAGGCCAUCGGUGUGAUUAUACAAAACGGUUAUGGUUUGACAGAGACCUCGCCGGUUGUAUGUGCACGGAUGCUUAGCUGUAAUGUUAUCGGCUCAGCGGGGCAUCCAAUGGAUGGUACAGAAUUCAAAAUUGUUGAUCCUGAGACUGAUAAUGUUCUCCCUCCUGGUUCAAAGGGCAUUGUCAAAGUCAGAGGUCCACAGAUUAUGAAAGGUUAUUAUAAGAAUCCAUUGACCACAAAGCAAGUUAUAGAUGAGAAUGGAUGGUUCAAUACAGGAGAUACGGGUUGGAUUGCUUCUCAUCACUCAAGAGGACGGAGUCGCCGCUGUGGAGGUGUCAUCGUUCUUGAAGGCCGCGCCAAGGACACUAUUGUACUUUCCACUGGUGAAAAUGUGGAACCAUCGGAGAUUGAAGAAGCUGCCAUGAGAAGCAGUUUGAUUGAACAAAUCGUGGUUAUUGGACAGGAUCAACGCCGGCUUGGAGCUAUCAUUAUCCCAAACAAAGAUGAAGCAGAAAGAAUAGAUCCUGAAACAUCCAAACUAAAGAGCUUGGUCUACAAAGAACUGAAGAAAUGGACAUCAGAAUGCUCGUUCCAAGUCGGACCGUUCUUGAUCGUAGACGAGCCUCUCACGAUAGACAAUGGCUUAAUGACACCAACGAUGAAGAUUAGAAGGGAUAAGGUCGUGGCUAAGUACAAAGACGAGAUAGAUCAACUUUACAAUUAA